AUGGAGCUGCUGUGUGCGGAGCGCGUGAGCCCCGACAGCUCGGAGCCUCGGCUGGGCCCAGGCCCGGGGCGCGUGCAGGCCGCCGGGGCCGACCCGGUGCUGCUCCGGCGCCGCGUGCUCGACAACCUGCUGCGGACGGAGGAGCGCUACGCCGUCACCGCCAACUACUUCGGCGCCGUGCAGAAGGAGGUCACGCCGCACAUGCGCCGCCUGGUCGCCGAGUGGAUGCUAGAGGUGAGCGCGCCUCCUCCCGCCCGCACGCUCGCCAUCUUGUCGCUCCGGCCACGUGUAGGAUGCCCUCGGCCGGUCCCGCAGGCCCCGUAUGCUCCGUCACGGCCUCCCAUGAACCGAACCGCUCACGGUUUUGUAUAA